GUGAUAUCAUUUCCUGAAAUGUGGAGGCUGGUGGACGCCCUCUUGGUCUUGUUCGUCUGCCACUAGCGCUGCUCCGACUGCAGAGACGCCGAUAUACAAUAGCAGAGCACCGGGACGGGGGAGGAAAGGGGGUGGCUUCAGAAAGUAAAACAACGAGCGGGUUUUCCCCGAAAACUUGAAGCGCAUUCGGCGAUCGGCAUGGAUCCAGCAGGGAUCCGUGAGGGGGUUUUAAUUAUCGUCAGAUCGCACAGAUGAAGAGCAAGGCUGCGGCCGCCGUGUAAAACAAAUUAUAUUGCCUAUAUUCUUUCUGGAAGACAGGAUGUCACAAGGUGACCGGUGAGGAGAGGAACAUCCAGACUGAAACCCGAGAGACUGUUAAGAGAGAUUUCCCCGCCAGAGCUCCGUUGUGACCAUGUCGAUCAUGGACCAUAGCCCCACCACGGGGGUGGUGACGGUCAUCGUCACCCUCAUCGCCAUCGCCGCUCUGGGCGCCCUGAUCCUGGGCUGUUGGUGCUACCUGCGUCUACAGCGUAUCGGGCAGCCGGAAGAUGAGGAGAGCAUCGUGGGCGAGGGUGAGACGAAGGAGCCCUUUCUGCUGGUUCAGUAUUCUGCCAAAGGACCACGAGUUGAGCACAAGACCAAACUCACCCCUAAUGGCACCGAGAAUCUCAGCUAAAAGGGCCCUCGAUCUCUCAUAGUUACACAUUCAGCUGCAGUGUAAACCAGGUCUGUUACAUUCCAUCUCACAUGACAUUGGCAAUAUACAUUAUUUAACAACUUUUUAGUUCAUGAAUUACAGAAGAGCAAAGCUUUGGUUCCAUUUCAAGUUUAUGAAUGUGGUCGACAGAAUGAGCGCAUGCACUGAACAAACCUUAUUUUUGUUGUUGUCAUUUUCUGAGCCUCCGAUUUAAAAAACGGAUGUUCUUUAUUCACCUGAGCCUAUCCAUAAUGUGAAGUUGUGAAUACCCUUGUACACGUAAUCUUAUUUAUUCUGCAAUUUGUACACAACUAAACUUCAAGGAAAUGUUACAGGAACUUGGAGGGUUUAGUUACUUGCUUAUCGUUAUAAAUAAUACACAGUAUGUGUUGGAGAUGAUGGUUUCAUAGUUCUGAGGUUUGACUUAAAUGCCUAUGAGAUGGUGUGAUUGGCCAGCGAGGUUUUAAAUAUGCAUAAGUGGUGCCAGGAAGCCACUGGAAACACUGGAACUUAUGAAGGAUUUCUUCAAAGUGCACUUUCAUAGAGCACUGCGGAAAGCAUCCAGAAUGUUCGUGUUUACCGUUAUUGUGGCUGAGCGAAAGAGGAAGUUCCUAUUAAAAAACUCCAGUUUUAUAGGCCUGAUAUUUUGUUUAUAUUGUAAAGGAAGUGACAUAGAACUUCAUUUGUCUUGUAUAGUUCAUAUCUGUGUGUUUUUGCUAUAGAUCUUCUUGAAUUAUGUAUUUAUUACUUUUGUCAUUUCCAUUUGUAAGUUGAAGAGAAAUUCUGAUUAAGUAAAAGAGUUUAUUUUUGUAUGCUGCUCCGGGUCAUUUGCCAAUGGAUUACACUCCGAGAAGGAGUUUAUUUUCGGACAUGCAGAAGGUGUGGGGGUGGGAUGAGGA